AUGCGGGUGUCUGCGCAGCCGCGCCGACACCUCCCGCCUCCACAUUCUCAGAACUGCCGCCCCCGCCCCCUCUGCACCCCGCCAGACGCCGUCUCCGAUCGCUUCUUCGUGCUCCCCCGGCUCGCGGAGCCAGACGUGCUCGGCUCACCCGCCCACCCGACUACCCUCGUCAUCACCGCCUCCGCCGACCCGCUCCGCGCUGAGGGCGCCGCGUACGCCGAGGCGAGUCGCCUCUCCUAG